GCAUCAGUAAGAUGCUCCCCCUCAUUCAUACGCCAGCUGCCUUCUGAGCAGCACCACAUCUGAUCUGAUCUCAUACAUCUGAUUCUUCUGUCGCUCAAACCACUAAACAAAUGGCUAACGCGGGUCUCCAACUUCUCGGCUACACUUUGGCUUUUUUUGGACUUGUUGGUCUAAUCGCUUCUACAGCCAUGUCUGAGUGGAAGAUGUCUUCGUACGCCGGUGAUAACAUCAUUACAGCUCAAGCCAUGUAUGAAGGUCUCUGGCAGUCAUGUGUGACCCAGAGCACUGGACAGAUGCAAUGUAAAGUCUAUGAUUCCUUAUUACAGCUGCCAGGUGAAGUUCAGGGGGCUCGAGGUCUCAUGAUCACAUCCAUCGUUCUGUCGUCCGUGGCUCUGUUGGUCGCUGCUGUGGGUAUGAAGUGCACAACCUGCUUGGCAGAUGACAAGCAACAAAAAAACAAAGUCGCCCUAGCCGGAGGCAUCCUUUUCAUCAUUGCAGGUGUUCUAGCUCUCGUUGCCACAAGCUGGUAUGGAGAAAACAUACGACGCAAGUUCUUUGACCCGUUUACUCCCACCAAUUCAAGGUAUGAGUUUGGUAAAGCUCUUUAUGUGGGUUGGGGAGCUUCAGCUCUUACUCUCAUCGGUGGCAGUAUGCUGUGCUGUAACUGUGGAAGCAAAGCCGCUGGUAAAUCGUACCCGGCUCCCCGCGCGACAGCACCGCCAGGAAAAGAUCGUGUCUGAAGUUUCAAACAAUCACACUGCUUUUGAAAACAACAAACAUAGCAUGUUUGUCUGCACCCUUCAUCUUAAUGUGUAUGUCAUGUCAUAAUUCUUGAUUUUGAAAUCUUUUAUAAUAAAAUGUGAUCAAAGUUU